AUGUCGAGCACCGAAUCUGUCAAAGAAGCUCCACCAGGCCCAAGGACUGCACACGGUGUUGGAGCAGCAGCUCUCAUCGCCCAGCUGGCACUGUUCACCAUCACUUUUCUGCCGCUCAUCGUGCCUGUACCUGCGAAUCUCAAUAUAGUAGCGACAGCUUCUCUAUGUGUCCUGGUGGGAUCCUUGCGUUCUGAUGCCCUCAAAUUCCCCCUCAUAGGAAGUGCAGUGCUCGUUGGGCUCUUCUGCCUUUUCAAGUUCCUGCCAAAGGACCUUGUCAACGCAGUGCUCACCGCCUACUUCGUUCUGCUGGGCACUUUCGCCAUCACUGCAGCAACACUGCCGCUCGUUGAGGCCAUCUUGCCGCGGAAACUUAGAACAAAAUCCUGUGAACUGAAGAAAUUCAGCAUACCUUACUUCUGUAAGGAUCCAAUUGACCUCUCUGCGACAUUGCCGGAACUGAUUGGAGGGCUGCUCAGUCUGGCGUUUUGCUGCUGGUACUACGCCAAGAAGCACUGGCUGGCCAACAAUGUGCUGGGGAUCUGUUUUUCUGUGGAGGGGAUUGAGCAUCUGUCCUUGGGGUCCAUUCAGACAGGAGCCAUUCUCCUGUCUGGACUGUUCUUCUAUGACAUCUUCUGGGUCUUCUGCACCCCUGUCAUGGUCACAGUGGCAAAAUCCUUUGACGCACCCAUCAAACUGCUGUUCCCAAGGGUAUUGGAUCUGGCAGAGGCCAAGGCACCCUUCUCCAUGCUGGGGCUGGGAGACAUUGUGAUCCCAGGCAUCUUUGUGGCCAUCGUGCUGAGAUAUGAUGCCAAGCAGAAUUUCAGGAGCAAGUUCUUUUACAGUGGAUUUGCUGGCUAUGUGGGUGGUCUGGCAACCACCAUCAUCGUGAUGAAUGUGUUUGAGGCUGCUCAGCCAGCCCUGCUGUACAUUGUUCCGGCAGUGCUGGGCGCAGUCAGCCUGCAUGCUCUCUUCGUGGGCGAGUUCAAGCAGGCGAGCUCCGACAGGUGGCUGGCUCAGCACAUCCACAAGGCUGGCACAGUAUUCGUCGCUCUUGUCCCUGCCACAACAUUCAACACAGGGUCAGCCACAUGA